UUAUUAAAGAUAAUAUGCGAUUAUUUUAGGGUCAAGCAAAAAAAUAACUCAGCUGUUUUUUUUUUCGUGAAAACGUUCACAAAAUUCUUUAAUAAUUCUUUGUGUUACUCACAACAGCAAAAGUCACAUUGCAAUGGUACACACAUGUGGGCUUACGACAUGACAGGCUACCUAAAUUGAGAAGAGAAAAUAGAAGUAAAUUGUCCAUAACAUCUUUCACUUACUUAGAAGACUCUCAACUUCUAUAUCAACUGGUACUUUCUAAUUUUACAUAAAACGUUUAAACAUGAUAUAUCGCUGGCUGGUUACGUAACUAACAAAAUAUUUUAAAAAUGCAAAGUUAUAUUACCUACAUCUUAACUUUUUGUGUAAUUUCUGACUAAAUAAAGUCUAUUUUGUUUUUUUGGUUACAUUGUGCAACCGUUUUUCCAUUUCUAUCAGCAUCAGACUACGUGAACAUUAUUUAAUUGAGAGAUCCUUGCUGCUGACAUCAGCAUUUGAAAAACCGUAAUCGCUAAGUAUCAUGGCAAAAAAAAAAUUUUUCCUUUUCUUAAGCGACAAGAAACUUCGAAAAAAAGCGAUCACGAAAAUAAAUUCACAUUUUUAACUUUGCAAAUAAGUUAUGACCUUUGAAGUUUUCUGGUACAACAAGAUUUCUAAUUUAUGGCAUUUGAUUAUUUUAAAGUAACUAAACUUUCGUAUGUACUAUGCAUAUACCAUUUGCAAAGCUACCUAACACAAGAUUCCGAAAACCAUAAACAGUUCAAGUAAAAAGGUAUUUUAUGAAGACUAUGAGAAGAUAUGGCUUCAUCGGUGCAGGUAUGUAUAAUCCUCUAGCUAUUAGUAUGUAUAGUAAGUAUUUUCACACAAAUUGUCCUAAAGGAUGGACCUUAUCUUACGUCUACAUGUAUUUCCUACUAUUACAGUCAUAUCAUAUAUUUUCUACUAUUGCAAUAUAAAAUAUUGUGUACUUUAAAAAAAUAAUGCUUGUUCCUCGAAAUAUGAUUUUAAAUGAGACAAGGAUUUUCAUCCAGUACAAAGCCAUUAAAAUUAAUUUUCGAAGCAUAUGUUCGUUUUCAGUAUGAUUAUACUUAAUUAAUAUUACCUAACCAUAUCAAGGGAAUAACCUACAUAUUUUUCAAUGAGUAGUCAAGUGAGAACUACCUGUGAAACAGAUGUAUGAUAAUUGCAGGAAGCAAAUGCUAACAAAGAUCCAUGCAAGGUGACUCAAGCUACGACAACUAGUUCUUUCACACAUUAUUUAGUGUAGAACGUCAAUGUUAUAAUACAAUAACCAACUUUCACUUCCAUUUGUGGUGUCUAAUAAUGUUACACAUGCAAAGUUUAUCAACGUUAUGGCUUUUCUCUUGCACUUUCACUUGUGGACUGGAAUUGACAUUGUUGUUCUUUCCAACAAUUUGCUAAAAUAAUAAAUUACUCUUGAAUUUUGUUAUAUAUGAUAGGUUGUUAGCGGUUAUAAAUUUCACCACACGUAGGUAUCCUAAAUUCAGAUUUUAUCGUCAUGGAAACUAUUAUUGUGUCAUGUUAUGAUGAAGAAAAAUAUAGGAAAAAUAUACAAUAUAUGUAUAAAGAAAAAAUUAAUAAAAAUUGCACCUAUUGCUACUGAACGUUGCUGAUCAAAAAUAAUUCUGUAUGUCUUUUAAGGAGGGAAAAUUCGAAAUCAAGCUGGGAUAUGCUUAUGUGAAAAACACAAUCGGGCUUAAAGUAUGCUUAGGUUAAGCUUAUAGGAGAAAAAAAUUGAAAAUUUAGACAUUACAUGGAUAAGAUGAAAUGGCCCUGUUUUUAGUUUUAAAAAACAGCCACAAAACUAAACAUGUAAUUACGCAAGACUAAGUCCAGACAGUGAGCCCUCGCCAAGACUAAGCAAUAUGCUUGUAUGUGCUUAAAGAAUUCCCCUAUCCGAGCCUGAAUAUGCUUAUAAGCAUUAUUCUUCUAAGAAACGUAAUAGUUUUUAUCAUACCUUAAGAAAAUGAUAGUUGACAUGUCAAUGUAGAAUUUCCUCUUGUAAAAUUCAUUUCCUGUAACAAUAUACACCAGGUGCAAUAACCUAUUAUAGAAAUUCCAUGAGUAAUUUGUAAUCAUAGCCAAUUAUUUGCAAUCACAGCAAAGUUAAUUACAAUCCAUGAGGGAAAGUAUUUAUCCAAGAAAAAAAUUGUUCUCUAUUACUGUUAGGGUUAGAUUUUUUGGGGUGGAAUGGUUGUGUUGUUUCUCCAUAACUUCUGUCCUUGGUAAUACAUUAUUCAUAGAAUAAUCUGGCCCAAAGUUCAGUGUGUAAAAGUUGGAAUAAAUUAUUAUAUUUUAAAUUAUAUUGACAUCAGCUUUUUUUUCUGUUAUUUGUCACAAAUUUGGGGGUGAUCAAAAAGUGAUUCAGAAAUUCAUAUAUAAGAAAGUGCUAAAUGUAUUUUUUUUAUUCCAAUUAAAUUAAAAUUCCCUUUUUUUAUGUUUCCUACUUCAAUAUUAAAAAGUUGUGUUUUGCAGCACCAUCAAUUUGUAAUCCCAAAUUGAAAAGUGAAGACUUAUGUUAUAAAGGUAUUGAAGUAGUUUAACAAGUUUUUCAAUUUUAUUUAAAAGCUGUGUGAAUUUUCUAAAAUGUGAAUUUGUUGUUAAAAAGAUUUUUGUACCUGUUUUUAAAUACGUAUUCCAACUUUUUAAAUGUAUAGAUACUGUUAAGGUGAAUUGACUAACAUAGCAUUUUCUGCCAAGAUGGCAAUUUUGUAAAAACUUUAUGUCAUCUUAUAACUUACCAAUUCACUCUUAAUAUUAGCUAGACUUUUUGUGGAGACAAGCAAACAAUUGCUAUGUUGGCAUGAAUUUCUAUGUUAAUCUAUUCAUGUCUUAUAAUGGUUUACACUUUGAUGAAGAGUAUAAGGUAUAUAUUUACUGAUCAUUUUUUGACUUCUUAAUUUUUGCAGCACAAUUAAAUCCUGGUAAAAAGAAUGGAAAGACUUGUUAAUUUAUAUUCUAAGCUAUAUAACAUAAGUUCAACAACAUGUUUGACUUUAGGGCCUUUUUAUUUUUUUUAAUAAUGGCCCAUGCUCCCAGUAGAAAUAGGGUCGAGGGAAAAAGGAAAAGAAAAUUUUCAACCAUGACUAAUUCUUAAAAAUAAAGCACUAAGCUUGUACUAUGACAGGAUCGUGAAAUUAAUGUUCCAACUAAGGUAAAUUUAGAUGGGAGAUGAUAUAGCCAUAAAAUUUCACGAAAUUUGUUAUCUAUCACUUAAUUUCAAAAUGGAAAAUUAUCUCACAAGCAUUGACUGAUAAAAACACUUUGUUUUGACUCACGAUACAGGAUUAACUGUACUUAUUCAAGUAAAGUGUUCAGUAAACAAAUGAUGUUGUUAAUUCAUUUCCUUGUGAUAAAAAUGAUAUCAGGGUCCUUAGGUGCAGAGUACCACACCCACCCCCUCCCCUCCUUUUUCUACACCUUUCUCUAAAAAGGCUUCUUAGAACUACCUCUCUUGUAUUUUUAGUAUUUGAGUUUUGAUGCCUCAGUCAAAAAAUAGCAUAUAUUGGAGAAAAUGUAUUUUUAAUGCGUUUUGUACCAAAAAGAUAUAUUUUUAUAUCUCCUGAUUUGUUAAUAAAAUUAUUUGUAUAAUUAUUGGUGGUGCUUUUUUAUUCUUUCUCAUACACCCUGCUUAAUUUGACACCUUUUGACCUGUUUAUUGGGUUUUUUAAAAACCUAUAAACUUUUUCCAUCCUCUUUCUUCCAAAAACAAAAUUUGACACCCUGUUUACUCUGCACCAAAAAGGCUGAUGCAAACAAUGCAUAUGAAGUAUGUAAAUCAACUAUGUGAUCUCUUUUUUUCAUUAAUUACCAAUUGCCAUAGCUGCUACAAUCCAGCAUAGCAAAGAGACAAGAUACUUUUCAUCGCUCUUGCAGUUUUUGUUACCAUGUUCAAGAUACUUGCACAAAGAUCAAGAUGAAGUAACCGAAAGUCAUCAGAGUUUCUUAAUCGGCACUGAAUGUUGAUGCUUUAUCUACUCCAGAAGAACAACUGAGACUUUAAGUUUUACUUACAGCAGUACAAUGGAAAUUAAAAGAGAACAGUUGUAUGAAUUACUCAAAAGUGCUCCAAAACCGCAGCUCCAUCUGCAUCUGGAUGGUUCCCUCUCAUACAAUUUUAUUCGUCGAUCAAUUACACGUAUGAAAAAAACAAACCCGGAGCGGGCGUCGUUUUUAUUUUCUAAUGAUGGUUGGGAACCAGGUUCCCACGACGAGUUGCGUAGCUGGCUAAUGGAUCUUAAAGAAAAACAAGUUGGAGAAGGAAACGUCGUUGAGAAGAAUUCGAAUUGGAGAAUAUUUGAUAUUUGUAAUCAGUUUUUGCAAACAAAAGAAGACCUCCGUGACGCCACGUACGAACUGGUAACAUCAUUGCACGAUGAACAUAAUGUGAAUUACAUUGAAAUCCGAUUCGCCCCUGUGUUACAUACAAACUUAGGAUUAACGGAGCUCGAUGCUGUAUGGAGCGUAAUAAACGGUUUCAACGAUGCAAAGAAAGAAUUGACGACAAAGGGUCGUUUAACCGAGGGUGGAGUAAUUUUGUGUUUAUUACGAUCUUACCCUGUUCAGCAUGCGGAGAAUAUCUUGAAAAUAGCGCAAAGUGUUGAUGGAGUUCUUGGGAUUGAUAUUGCCGGUGAUGAGAAGACGUAUUCGUUGUGUAUAUUUAAAGAUGUUUUAGUCGCUGCAAAGAAUGCUGGGAUCAAAAUUACAGUGCAUGCUGGGGAAGGAAAGGCAGAGAAGUUCCCGUCAAUGUUAGAAAACUUGCAAUUGGCUCUUGAAAUUGGUGUAAAUAGAAUUGGACAUGCUUUAGCUAUAACGUCAGCAUCUAAUCAACUUAUUCAAGAAAUGUGUCAUAAAGGGAUAUCGGUGGAGGUCUGCUUAACAGCCAACUGUAAUCACCCUGACAAAUGCGAGAGUUUCUCUCAACAUCCAGUGAAUUUUAUGUUGUCCCAUAAUAUCCCUGUUGCUGGACUGAACUGUGAUAAUUUAUUGCUAUCAGGAAACAAUAUUGUCGGUACUCCUGACCCUACGAACGAGUACGUUCGUGCUCUUCUUGACUGUGGAGUAAAACCGCAAGAUCUUGCGGCGAUUGUUGCGAACGGAUAUUCGCACGGAUUUAGUCAGAACUCAAAGCAGCUGGCUGAUAAAAGUAUUAGCUUGUGGACAGAGAAAUAUCUCCAUGAACUUAACGCACUAGGAUUUUGAUGUUAAACGAGAUCAUAUUUCAUGAUAUUUUCACAUAUAAGUCAUACAUUAAUGAUUCAUUAAUAUUUAUUUGUGUUGUUAUAAAAUUUUGCUCCAAUGUUGUUA